GCCCCACUCUCUCUGUAUCUACACAUACAUCUCUCUCUCUCUCUCUCUCUCUCUCUCUCUCUCUCUCAUAUCCGGAUCAUGAGAUUUGACCUUCUUGUAGUUUUUUUCACCGAUCUUUUUUCCUGAUCAUCUUUCAAGUCUCUAAUUUUUUUUUUGUCAUGUUAUUGGAUGAUUUUGCAGUGCCACGGGAGCCGAUUGUUUCUUCUGAAGCUAUGGGGAGAGCAGGGUUGUUUUCCAUUUGUUGAUUGAACAGCAGAUAAGAAACGUCUAUUCAUAAUACAACUCGGGUAUGUAAAAGUGAUGCUAAACAACUGGAUACAACAACUGUACGUAUGGCAAAGCUGGGCUGAAGGAGGUUAUGAAGGAAAUCAGAAUGGGGUCUUGACUGAUCUAAACCACUGCGGAGAACAACGGAGGUUCAUUAGCAUCUGAAAAAUAUUCCAGAAGCUGAUUGCAAUAUGGCUGUGGAGGAUGUCACUUGUGGUAAUGAAAAUGAAGCCAGAGAUUCUGAUGCCACAAGUACCAUUGCUUCCAGUGAAAUGGAAUCAGUAGAGGAAAAGAGUUCGUAUGCUGACCAGAAUGGCAAUGCAAAUGCAGCAGGAGAUGAAAAUGAAAACAAAAUUAGAGAUUCUGUUUCCCAAUGUAACAUUCCUUGUGGAAAAGUUGAGGACAAAAGUUUAUGUAAUGACAAUAAUGCCAUGCAGGAUGAACUGCCAGAAUUGAUGGUUUUUUACAAAGAGAAUGAUUAUCAUGUGGUCAAAGACAUUUGCAUUGACGAAGGGGUGCCUCUUAAGGAUAAGAUUGUAAUUGAAAGUGAAAAUGAUGAUGGUCUUUGCACCUUUCUUUUGUUCGAUGAAAAUCAAAAUGGUGAUGCGACAAAAGAAAGGGAAGAUAGUGAUUUACUUAGCUACAGUGGGUCAAAAUCUUCAUCAGAAAAUGAUUAUAAGGAGGAUGAUAUUCAAGAAUGGGGUACCAAAGAGUAUGAAGUAAAUAUGGAAUUGCUGCUUGAGGAUGCACUGAAAUCUUUAUUGGAAAAUCAUUUGGUUGAUGAUAUUGGUAAUGACGGCGGAUCCUUCGCUCUUGUGCAGACAGGUGAAGAAAACUACUCUGCAACGGACAAGAUAGUGGAGAAUGUCCCAAGAGAGAAAUCGCUUAAAUCCCUCCUUGAAUCUCCCUAUUCUGAUGGCACUGAAGUUCAAUGGCAAUCUGACAAGAUUCCAUGUUCCGAAUCAGAGUGUAAAGCCCCCUCUUUAGUUUCAACUGCUGCAGUUCCAAACAAGAGCAGCUCAGUUAAUGACUUGUCUUGCGAUAGCAACAGAGAUGAGAACUCUGAUGAUGUUGCACCCCUUAAGAGAGAUAGCGAGCCAGCUAGUCACGAAGAUGUCAUGUCUGAUUUUUCUGCAGUUGGAAGUGAAAUACAAAAAAGUCAAGGAGAGUCAAGUUUUUCAAUGGCAGCUCCUGUAUCAGGUCUAAUAACUUACUCGGGGCCAAUGUCGUAUUCUGGCAGUGUCUCCCUUCGAUCAGAUAGCAGCACAACCAGCACCCGAUCGUUCGCCUUCCCAAUAAUACAAUCUGAAUGGAACAGCAGUCCAAUAAGGAUGGCAAAAGCUGAUAGAAGGCUUUGCAGAAAACAUAGGGGUUGGAGGCAGGGCCUUCUUUGCUGUAGAUUCUAAGUCCCAUGUAUUUGAUCCUCAGGUUGCUUAGGUUACAUGUACAAUACGUCUUCUUUAUUUAUACCUUAAUCUCGAUUGAGGACCUUAAAUAUACUUCGCAAUCUUUUCUUAGGCUUAUUGAGUCCAUGUGCAGUGGAUAGAGUCUCACUUUCAUGCUUUUGAGUUAUGGUUAGAAGCCUUCUUGGUCAGCUUUGAACGGUUUCUUGUAUUUAUUUUCAGCUUGACUUUCUCACUAUUACAUGGUAAUUACGUUUGUUAUUA